GUUGACUGACUACGUUCAAUCCAUAUCGGAAUUAUUUAUGACUUUGACAAUUGUCGAUAAUUAAUAUACUUCCGCUAUUGCAGUUGGUAAACAUUGAUCGUUAGAUGGAGAUCGAGCAUAUUUUGUUUUCAAUUCUAAAAUCUAAUUUACAGUACAAAAUCAUAAGUCAGAACCGUCUGAUACGAUCUUCAACUUACAGACGAAAAACGUUGACUGCAAUCAAUCCAUUUCUGAAUUAUUAUUCAUGGCAUUGAUAAUUGUCUAUUAAAUUGUGCAUAAUUUAAUUUUUCUCUUUCAAAUUUAAUGUCUUACCUUUCAAAAUUAUACAUGAUUAUUUGCUAAAUUUCCUUUUUUUUUUACCAAUGUGUUGUUCGGAGAGUUGGUAACAUGAAUUCCCCAAAAAAAGAACUUGAGUUCGAUUUCUGGAGUAGCCCAUUUGUUGGCCGUCCAACCCCGCAUAAAAAAUGGAUGUUAUCCAUUUGGUUGGCAGUCCAACCCUUCAUAAAAAAAACGGGCGUCAUGUUGCCGACUCUAGGAUUAGUCAUAUAGUUGGUCCAAAGGGCCUAAGUCAUGGGGAUACUUUGGAACAAUUAUGUGAUUAAAGACCCUAAUUGCGGUGGAUUAGAAAGAAAAAUAAAACAAUUGAUUUUAUUUUGCAAUAGAUAAUGGUAGUUUCUGAGUCAAAUUCCUUUUGAAAAAUUAGAAUUGUCAUAAGCAUCCAUGGCUCUACAAAAAUUUGAACAAGAGGAUCAAAACUCAGCACUCUCACUCACCCUGGAUGAUUUCCAAUGCAAUAAUGAUAAGAACUUUAGCUCCCUCAACAUGGAUGAGUUCCUAGCUAGCAUUUGGAGUUCCAAUGAUGAAGAUACUGCUCAAACUCACAACAAUACUGAAAGUGUUGCAACAGCAGAACACACCAUUUCCCAACAGCUUGGUAAUUCAUCAUCUGUCCCUCCUCCAAUUUGCAAGAAAACUUCGGAUGAAGUUUGGUCCGAGAUACAUAAAAACCAACCACAAUUCAAAGAAGCAAAUAACCUUAAAAGAAAUGAGACACUCAAGAAGCAAGAAACACCUGGAGAAAUGACUUUUGAGGAUUUCUUGGUAAAAGCUGGAGUAGUAAAACAAUCAUCAUCGUUGUCGUUUCAGAAUCAUAGUGGCAAUGUUUCAAAUAACAUGGAACCACUGAAUAUUGCAAGUUCUGGUUUGAGGCCUUCAAUGGAAGUAGGAUUUCCUACUCAAUGUGUGACUAGCAAUAGUUCUGCAACAUACCAAAUGACAAGUGGAGCUGAGUCAAGUGGCGCUGCUAACAGAAAGAGGAUAAUUGAUGGUCCUCCUGAAGUUCUAUUGGACCGAAAACAACGCAGAAUGAUGAAAAAUCGAGAAUCGGCUGCACGUUCUCGAGCAAGAAAACAGGCUUAUACAAUAGAGCUAGAGGCUGAGCUGAAUCUGCUGCAAGAAGAGAAUAAACAGCUGAAACAAUUUCUGGCUGAAGCUGAGCGCAAGAGGAAACAAGAGCUUCUGCAAAGAAAGCAAUCUGCAAAGGUUCAAAAGGGGACAGAAAAAUCAAGCUCAAGCACAACCUGGUGAAUAAGCAUCAAUGACAAGAAUUGAGAAUUUGAGUAUAAAUGUGAAAUAAAUAAUGUGUCUGUACUCAGAAAUUCUGCUUUUGUUGUACAUUUAGAUACAUGACAAUUAAAAUAAUGCAUUCAUGUGAAUGCCGAUAUUAUUAUGCUGCAUACAUAGUUCAUAAAUAUUUCAAGGA